AUGGCUAUAUUCAAACUGGCCUCAAAAUCACCACUGAAACCAGCAACAACCGCAAAAACGUCAGCAGCAAAAACAACAAAAACACCAAAACUGACUUCCGGUUCAGCAGCAGGAGCAGGCAGACGAAACAGGAGGGCCUCCAUGCACGAUGCCCUCGACUGCAGCAUGAUCGACGCCAGCCUCUAUCGCCAUGACGUUAUAACGGAAGAAGAUGCAAUCAGCACACCUACCCCACGUGAUGCCGAUGAUUUCGAGGCAACAAAAACAAAUGACGAUGACGUCACCAACGGCCGAAGCAGAAUUAACCUAACCGCUAUUUACUCCUACGAACAAAAUUUAUUAACCGUACAACUGAUCUCGGCACGUGAUCUUCCUCCAGCUCCUCCAACGGACAGCACUUUUGACCAACCACAGAUCAGGUACACAUUUGCUCGUCUAAGAUUGGUCGACAAAUCAAAUCGUCGUAAUCGGCGCAUGUCAAACCCCGCACUGCUAAGCAGAGAGUACUUGCAGACGAGACUGCAACCGGAACUCCUCAACCCCAGAUUCAACGAGGAGUUCCUCUUUGAAGUCUUCCCCACCAAGGCGGUCAAACACGAACAACAGCAACUUCAGCGACAACAAAACGUGCAUUGUGAUGACGACCCUCUAAGAACGGCAACGUCUUACAACGACGACGACGACGACGACGAUGAUGAUGGGAUCUCAUCAAAUAAAGUAGCGUCGAGAAAAACUAAAAAAAAUAAAGAGUUUUCAAACCGGGCUCUUGAAGUGCUGCUGUAUAGAUGCGCCAGUGACGACAGGAGCACUGGAGCGUGUGUGGCUACUGCUCUUGUCGAUCUCAAUCGCUUGUGUCUCGCCGAUCAGAUGGUCGAAGUAUGCCAGGAAGUUACUGCUGCCAAAGAAGUCACUGGGAUGGUCAUUUAUUUUUGUCACAUUUCAACACGAUAA